AAGGGAAGUGAAAGUAAGUGCAGCACAAAGUCUUCUAAUAACAGCGGCGCUUGGGAAAGAACGCCAGUGCAGACCCCCCACCACUCUUCAGAAUGACUCCACUCCUCUUUUUUGUUUUUCUCCUUCACCAACUUCCAGGCUCUCUAUGCACUGUGACCACAGUCAGAGACCUGACAGUGUUAGAGGGUCAGUCAGUGACUGUCCCCUGCCAUUACAACCCUCAAUACACCCACAAUGUGAAGUACUGGUGUCAGGGCUCUAUGAGGGAGUUCUGUAGCAGCCUGGCCCGUACAGACGACCUGGAGUCCACUCCAGUUGGGAAGGGCAGAGUAACGAUUGCUGAUGACCCGGCCCAGUAUGUGUUUGCGGUAACUAUGCGGGACCUAAAGGAGGCUGACUCAAGCUGGUACUGGUGCGGGGUUGAAGUUGGGAGCAUGUGGAACGUUGACAGCACUGCAUCCGUUUAUAUCAAUGUCAUACAUGGUAUGUCUGUAGAGACCAGCAUGGUGAGUGGGGAGGAGGGCGGCAGUGUCAGUGUUAAGUGCCUCUACAGUGAGAGAUACAGAGAGAGCGAGAAAAGGUGGUGUAGGAGUGGCCACGUAAGCUCCUGCAAGGUGACAGACUUUAAUGGAACAUUCAGCAGCAGGUCUUUGCUCAUCAGUGACGAUAAGAAGGACACUGUUACCGUGACGAUGAAGAAUCUGGAGAUGCGGGAUGCAGGAUGGUACUGGUGCGGAGCUGGCCAGCACCAAGCCACUGUUCAAGUGUUAGUCACACCAAGACCAACCACAACUUUGUUUCCAACAGCACCCUCAGUCACAACAGUCAGGUUAACAACCCAGAAUCCUUCUGCAGUGAAGGCUCAGGACUCCAAAAGUAACAUGUCUUGGAAGACUGUCCUGACAGGAUGUGGAGCACUGCUGUUUUUACUGAUAACUGUCUUGGUACUACGGAGGAUACGUGAGCAAUGUAAGAAGGAACCUAAGAUAAGAGGAGUGGAUGAAACAAUGGCUAAGCUCAUGGUGUGCCCUGUGAAUGGCAGGGAUGGAGAGAACACUUCACUCAUUUUCCUAAACAAUUUGGCAGGUCCAGAUGCUCUGUCCAAAAACACAUGGGUUCCAAAAGGACCUGAAAAAAUGAGGUGGGAGGAAGACAGUGGAAGGAACACUGUGGAUAAUGUUUAUUAGAUAUCUUUUCAAAUUUACUUCAGAGUUUAAAUUCACCAGUUUGUGGUGUAGCUGACAGAUGCAUAAUACAGUUAUCACAAGGGGUGGGCGAUGCUGUAAACAUUUAAUAUUGCAAUGAUUGAAGACAUCUUCAUAAGUCAAAAGACAGUAGUGCUAACAGUAGUGCUAAAUAAAUGCUGAAAAAAAAACAAUUGGUAAAAAAUAAAUUAGAUAAUGGAAUUAUGGGUUAAAAUCAAUCAAAUCAUUGUUACUACACUCUUAAAAAAAUUAUUGCUCCUAAAACGGUUCUUGGUUUGGACAUUUGCGCUCUAGAAAAAUCCUUUCAUUGGUAUGGAACUGACACCUAUACAUAAACUGAAAGGUUUUUCACACUUUCACGUCUCAUUAACAGAGGUAGUUUAUUAAAGAACCAUCCAUUGAAAGGUUCCUUAGGGAACCAAAAGUAGUUCUUACAUUGCAUCGCUCCAAAGAACCAUUUUGGCACCUUGAUUCUCAGUUGUGAUUUGGUGAUGUGCUGUUUAGAGGCUCACAAUUGGUUGAAAUCUCUAUUUUUAUGAAACAUGCAAUUGACCAGUGUUCUGCAAAUACUGAUGUGUAUAAUGAAGUAAUUUGUUCUGAUAACAAUUUGAUAUUGCCUAUCUCUGGUUGCCUAAAUGCCUGAUAGUUCUUUCAUGAACUAUGCACCUGAUUCUAUAAGGAGUACUUUUUGAGGAGUAAAGGUAAAAUAGAAUAAUUUUUCCAGAAUACUUAUGGAUAGCACAUAGUAUACAGACUGGACUUUGGUGUGACAUUUUAGUGCCUUUGCUGUAGACCAUGCUCUACUUCUGAUCUUCUGAUCAGAAAUUUGUUCAAAAAUUGUGUGGAGAACUUCCAGAUUGUUAAUGUGAGGGCUUUAGAGGCUAAAGCUUUUCUUACAGCUCCACUUGUAUGAAAUCCAGCAAAGUAUUUUCAGUUUGAACCAAUUGAAUUCUUCAUGAGAUCAGAAUGAGAGCUCAGUUUGUAAGGUGUUUGUAUGGACUUUAUGAGAAGGGUAUUGCCAUUCAUCUGUCUAGCACGUAGCAUAGCUCACUGACUAAACACAUGCCUGUAAUAAUCAGAUGCUUCAGGAUCCAUAUCAUCGCUGUCCAAUGAAAAAGAAGUAUCUCCAGAAUAUUAACUUUACAGGAGAGGGCAAAAGCUCUCUUACCUCUCAAUGUAAGUCAAUGUAAAGAGAUUUUCUUCCAAAUGAUUUUAGAGC